CUUAGCCUUUCUGCAUUUGAUUCCGUCCACCAGACCGAGCCUCAAGUUUGGGGGCUGUUGGGGUCCCAGAUUUAUCUUUCCAUCUACUUGUGUAACUGAUCAUCUGAUGAAACUAUCAUAUGUGUCCCUGGUCUUUUUUUUCCCACGCCCUUUCCAUGUUCUAUUCAACCCCAGUCUUAUUGAAAUAGCUUAAAAUGGACUCUCAAACAAUCUCUCACCAUGCUUCUGGAAACCAGGCAAAUCACAGUUCGAUCCAAGUCAACGGCGCCAUCGGAGACCGGCUAGAGAUUCGAAAAGCUAUUAUAAAAACCUUGAAGCUCAGUCCCCUUCAAGCGACAGCCUCAACACCAUCUACCAUCAAGGACGAUUUCUACUUCGGACCAAUUCCGGCUCUUGAAGAGGAUCAGGAUGAGGAUUUUGAAUCUGAGACCAUGCAAGAACUGCCACCGGGAAUUUCAGAAGCCGACUUCCAUUACAUCUGUAACGUCAACAGCAGUUUGAUGGAAAAAUACGAAAUACUGCUAGACCGAACUCCUCAUGUAAGGGCGACUUGUGUGAAGCAACUCCGUGACAAGGCCAGCGAUCAGAAAAUGAGAAUCAAGGUUCACAUAACGCUUGUGGAACAAUGGUUUACAGCUACGAAAAAGACUCGGCAAAGCGAGGGGUCGAUAGGUGAAAACAGCAUGGAGGAUCUGAAGCAAAGACUAGACAAUAUACGUGACAAACUACAGGACGCUAUCAAUUCAUUCCCACAAGUUCCCACUCGAAGCCAGGGUCGGUCAAGUGAACGUAAGAUUCAAAAUUCAAAGAUCUUCAAAGACCUCAAUAUGCUCAUCGAAAAGAUUGGAUUUGAUGUUUCCGCUAUCGAAAGCUUGGUCUACCGGCUUUCAAACUGCCAACCAGCAUCUCAAUCAACAACGAACUACACCCGACUCUACAUUUCAAGUUCAGCCACGAAGACACUCUAUCGUCACUGGUGUGAAGCCUGCCCAGUGAAUGGCCAAGAGCAAGCACACGGACAUACAGCUCUCGUUGGACUUGUACCAGUGCAAGAACAGGAGCCACUUUGUAUCAAUCCAAAUGAAGUUGCCAUCACCGGCCAUCACGUUGCUAUAGAGUCAAACUUUACCAAGGGAGACUACAUCUGGUUUGAGGCUCACUCCAGAUUGGUCCUUCCAGGGGACGAGAGUGACGCUGUCUAUUCAGAGCCGUCUUCGCCUUUGGUGACAGUAAUGAAUGGGCUUCGUCAACGUUGGCGCCGUGACUCUGGAUACUCAUCUGGCACUGCGUCAUCGUCAGAUCAGCGAAUACAAACAUCAAAAAACUUUGCUGAAUUUUGCCGGGUUCAGGUAUGUCCUGGAAGUCUUGCACAAGGCAGCGAUCGUCUAGCCAUGUGUAUAGCUGUUGAUCAGGAUAGCGGCCACCAAAUAUUCUACUUGGAUGAGAAGAAGAGACCAAAGACACGAUAUAAACCUCUCACUCUCUCCAAAAUUAUAAGGGAGGGGCAGCAGACGAUGCUGCAGUCGAAUAAGAGAAAGAAAUAUCGGCGCUAUCUCACUCUCUUCCAACGUAGUCGAGCCCUUCGAAACAACCGUUUCAAGCUGGCUUUAAAGCUUGCCGAAGCCACUCUCCGGUAUGGCUGGAGAGAAUGGCUUGGAGAUGGAUGGGGUACACGAGAUAUCAAAUUCUAUCCCAUUGAAUCUGAGAAGAUGCCAUUCCUGCAAACCGCGAUGUUCGACCACGGAUCUGGAAGGCCAAAAAGGUUCAUGUACCAUCUCGGACAUGUUCUUCUGGAGCUUGGGCUUUGGAAGGAGCUCAAAGGGCAGAUCAUCAAGCAACAGCUGGAUAAGGAAUUGAGUCGUUUGGGAACUGAGACAAGUGUUCAAUACCAGGAGGCAGUUCGCUACUGCAUGGCUUAUGGUGAAAGCAGCGACGAUGAACAAAGCGACUAUGAAAUGUUCCAGCGGACUUUUUAUCAGUCAGUCAUUAGUCCUCUCAGGGAAAUGGUUAAGCGGAGUGAAGUAGAUGACAUGGAGUGUCAGGAGACUAUUGAUUAGAAGUCCUGAAACAUGGUGUAUAUAUAGCCUGGGAACCUAGUGUGUUGUCUUCGAAGUAAUAUUUCAUUUAACAAGAGUUUAUAUAUAAGGUA